AGAUCAGAGCUUCUAGCUGGCUCUCUGCUGCCACACUCCACCGAAGGGCAGGGGAGGAAGAGGAGGGAGACUGACCUAGAGCUGAGAACAGAGGCAGGUGUGUGCAGGUACAUCACCUGGAUCAUGAAGUCAUCCCUCUGCUGGCUCCUCCCACUUCUCAUCUUGGCCUCAGUGGCCCAAGGCCAGCCAACAAGACGACCAAGACCUAGCAGGCCCAGGCCCAGGCCAAGACCCAGGCCCACACCCAGAUUUUUUCAGCCCCAUGAGCCAUCAGAGCCUACAGACCUGCCUCCUCCCCUCCCACCAGGCCCUCCAUCUAUCUUUCCUGACUGUCCUCGGGAAUGCUACUGCCCCCAUGAUUUCCCAUCUGCCCUCUACUGUGAUAGCCGCAACCUUAGAAAGGUCCCUGUCAUCCCAUCUCGCAUCCAUUAUCUCUAUCUCCAGAACAACUUCAUAACUGAGCUCCCAGUGGAGUCCUUCAAGAAUGCCACAGACCUGAGGUGGGUCAACCUGGACAACAACCGAAUUCGCAAGGUAGACCAGAAGGUGCUGGAGAAACUCCCCAGCCUGGCGUUCCUCUACAUGGAGAAGAACGAGCUGGCAGAGGUGCCCUCGGCCCUGCCCCGGAACCUGGAACAGUUGAGGCUGAGCCAGAACCGUAUCUCCAGGAUCCCACCCGGCGCCUUCAGCAAGCUGGAGAACCUGCUGCUCCUGGACCUCCAGCACAACAGGCUGAGUGACAUCGUCCUCAAGCCUGACACCUUUCAGGGCCUCAAGAGCCUCAUGCAGCUCAACCUGGCCCACAACACCCUAAAAAAGAUGCCACCCAAGGUUCCCACGGCCAUUCACCAGCUCUACCUGGACAGCAACGAGAUCGAGACAAUCCCUAAUGGGUACUUCAAGGCCUUCCCCAACCUUGCCUUCAUUCACCUCAACUACAACAGGCUGUCCGACAGGGGGCUCCCCAAGAACUCCUUUAACAUCUCCAACUUGCUCGUGCUCCACUUGGCGCACAACAAGAUCAGCAACGUACCUGCCUUCAGCAACAAGCUGGAGCACCUAUACCUCAACAACAACAGCAUCGAGAAAAUCAACGGGACCCAGAUUUGCCCCAACAACCUCGUCUCCUUCCAUGACUUCUCCUCGGAUCUGGAGAAUGUGCCACACCUCCGCUACCUGCGGCUGGAUGGGAACCACCUGAAGCCACCGAUCCCGCUGGACCUCAUGAUGUGCUUCCGCUUGCUGCAGUCUGUGGUCAUCUAGGUCUUGCUCUGCUCUGGGCCUCCUCUGACAGCACUUGAAUGCUGGUGGUCCAGGGACCUUGCUCACCAUUCACUUUCUCUAUCUUCCUCUUACUCCCAGCUUUGCCUUUCUUAUCCCACCUUCCUGGGGCAGGCCAAGCCACACACUCUGCUGCACCUAUGGCCUCUAGAGCAAGACUUCUCAGAACUUGGUUGGGUCCACCCAGCUUAAAGACACCUACUGCACACCCAGACUUCUGGCCCCAGAAGCACAGAUGUCUGUCUAAAAACUUCAUAGUCCCUUCUCCGCCCCCCGUCACUCCUGGGUAAGUCUGGGCCUGGACUGACAUCUGGAUCUCGGUCCUGGCAAAGCAAGAAAAUGGUCAGGGGCAGCCUAGAGGUGAGGCUCGAAAAGUCCUGCAGGGGACUCCGCCUUCAAAAGCAUCUCUCACUCCGAAAGGCCAAGAAACCCAGGCCCUCUUGGCCAAGGAUCCAUCCUCCCAAACUGCUGCUCCACUCCUUUGCUGACACCAGACAUGAUGCUGGCUCUUUGCCGGCCUGUGUUCUCCAAAAAGGAAGUGCAAGGGCAUGGCCAAGGGACGGUCAGGGCUCCCUCAAGAGCUCGCACUGGCCAUCUCUUCACAGGGAGGAGCCGGGGCCCUCCUCCUCCAGGGCGAACACAUCACGUACCCUCCUGACUGGGCGUCUCUAGUCCGAGAGAAAGAGCAGGGAGGAACAGAACGGGAAAAGAAUGGCUCAGGAACUAGAAAUCAGCCAGUGGGAGAGGGGUGGGCCCCUGCGAGUAGCCCCGCCUUAGCCACUCUGGACAAGAGGCCUGAUGCCUGAGGAACAGUGUCCAUAGUGGAGGGUGCAGAGCCACCAGCCCUGCCCCGCCAUCUGUUCUCUAUCAGUGUGGAUGGCCCAAUCCUUUCCACCCCCAGAGCAGUUGCUGCAAAACCGGCAAGAAGGGGCGGGGCUCCUGGGAAUCUCCCAGAAACCUUUUCCACGUGUGUAAAUUGGCCUCCCCUCUCAGACAGACACAUCAGCGACACCUGGUGGCCGGUGCCGGUCACAGCGAGCGCCAGUGUUCCUCUUCGCCUCCCUCAGGGGUGAUUUUCCAAGGCCAAGGAGUUUCGACUCAAAGAGCCAGGGGCUGUGAAAGCAGUUCUCUCUCCUAUGGGGUCUACAGGGCACAGAGGUACAGAGGCCCUGGGUUGGGGGCUGAUUCCCAUCAAAGGUGAGCACCGGUGGGAACCUUUGGGAACCCAGGUGAGGAUGCUGUCUGAUCCAGUUUGCUGUCUGACCUUACUAUCCCUUCUGCUUUCAGUUCCCACAUCUGUUAACCCCUCUGAGGCCCCUCCCACACUCACGUUCCAGUCUACGGCUCCACCCUUUAGACAUUGCUCUAAUGCAGGACAAGUCCUAAAUAUUAAUCCCUUCCCUUGCAGUAAUUUAUUCCCUGUGUGGACUGUCCUGCCCCCAGUGUUCCCACCCUCCCUGCCCGGCCUCGGUGCAGCUUGGCAGGCCUCCAAGGGAGCCUGGGCCCCAAGGGCUGACUGGCUUUCUUCCUCCCUUGACCUGCUCUAAGGGAUGCUGCCCCUCCACAGUCCCCUGCGUGUAUAUGUUGGUGGGGGCGACGGGGUGUUCUAAACAUGAGUAGGACAUGGUGCCCACCCUCAAGGUAGGUUAGAAAAGUUGCAGAGAUUUUUAAGAAAUUGUACUAAGCUAGGUUUCUAACUUCAAGAAGUUCCCAUUGUUCUCUUUCUCACCCUUCUCUUUUGCUAAUUUAUGAAAAAUGGGGCCCAUUUUAUCCUAGCCUCCUUCCCCAUGCUCCCGUAAACUGCCUCAUUCUUCCUAGCUGCAGCUGGUUUCUCUAAGGCUUCUGCUUAAAGUCAAUAUAGUAACUGGCUGUAAGCAACCUGGUGCUCUGGCCUGGAUAAGCCCUCUUCUGCACCUUACUCACACCUUUCAACCUCAGCCCCUCUGAUGAUGCCCUUGGGGAGCAGCGCCUGUGGCUGCCGGGGGAAGGGGUCAUUCCUCUGCGACUGCAAACCCAAACUAGUCUGUUUCAGUAGCAACACAAUCACCACCAUCCCAUCUAGAAUGUCUGCGAGGAUUCGGUUAAACAGGCUUUACAGCACUGCCCCCACCCCACCCCACACACAAUGUGCUGACUUCCCUUGGGUUUCAGGAAGCCCCCUCCUCCAUGCACAAGUUCAUCUCUCAGUGCUUUUGGCAUCUACAUAUGCAAGUGUGUGUGAAUAGAUGUGUAUACGUACUCUGUUCAUAUACCUGUUCUUCCGGAAGACCACGUUAACUUUGUGAAACAACUUUCACAUUCCAACAUGCUUCACAGCAAAGGAAAUAAAGUAAUAAGAAAAACGUCCCGCUUGAACCUGACACCAUGAACAGGUCAAGAAUAA